AGACACACUCAGCAGUGAAUACUGUGCUGUUGCCCCAUCUACUUUUUAAGAUCUAGCUCCGCUGUGCCACGCCAUCCACAUCCGCGGCGUCUGUCGCUCCUUUUUCUUACUUGCCCAAUCUUUGUCCAUCUUCUCCACUGUAAUUCUUCUCCAAUCCCUAACAAACAGAACCAACGUCAAUCACGGUGAUAGCCCUAUUUCCUAUUAAUGCCAAGGACCGGAAGAAUACCCACAACUCCUCGUCUAUUCUAACAUGUCUGAGGAUCCCAGGGCCAUCUCCUCGUCCGCCGCCGCCUCCGCCUCCACUGCUGGUGCUGCUGAUGAAUUCACGGAAAUACGCGAAAUCCACGCACUAAAUCCUCCGCAGGCACCACCAACCCGCGGCCGAACCAGAGACCCUUGGGAGGUCGCCAGCCAUCGCUCCACCUCUCUCUCUGUCGGCAGUGAGGUUGAGAACUUUACCUCUAUGAGCCGCGAGUUCAACGCCAUGGUUGUCGCAGGCUCGAAUCUCCAAAUCGAUACAACGGCCGCCGACGGUAGCAGCAACUUGGGUAGAAUUGGCGAGGACGUGCUGGAGGAGACAAAUCCCCUCGCCAUCGUCCCAGACACAAAUCCUCCUUUCCCUUCCCCUCGCCGCCCGUUUUCUUCAUCUUCGUCCGUGGCUGAUGAGGUCUCCGUGCACCGCGUGAAGAAGGAUGAGGUGAAUGCCAAGAUCUUGGCAUGGCAGGGGGCCGAGAUCGCCAAGGUCAACAACAGGUUCAAGAGGGUGGAUGUCACCAUCAACGGCUGGGAGAGCGAGCAGAUUGAGAGGGCGACUGCUUUGUUCAAGAAAAUUGAGAUUUUGGAUGGUGAUGAAGAGGAAGCUGGAGGAGAAGAGGGCGAGGGCGAUGGAGAAGAUGCAGAAUGAUGUUGCGAGGGCGCAUCGCAAAGCGGAGGAUAAGCGGGCUUCGGCGGAGGCGAAGAGGGGGAUGAAGGUGGCUAGAGUGCUGGAAGUUGCUAAUUUGUUGAGGGCGGUGGGUAGAGCGCCUUCAAAGAGAUCUUUCUUCUGAAUCUUUUUACCUAUCGCUUGCAGUAUCUUUUAAUUCAUCUAUAGUAACACAAGUUCAAAUUUAUGAUGCUAGCUUGUGUUUUAUAUUAUCUAUAUUGUUAGAAUGAGAAAGUAAAUGGGAUUUAUAGGGAGGAAUUUUAUGAAGAAUAGAUAAAUAGGGAUUGAUGGAGAGGAACAUGUAAUUAUGGUAGGCUGGUUGAUUAAUUCUAGUUGCUGUAAACUAAGAACCAAAGGUAUGUUUGAUUGUAUGCAGUUAUUAUUAUGUUGAGUUUUGACAGAUUUUCUUCUGAGAGUUUUA